AUGGAACUGAAAGAUGCUGCAAAGGCUCACAUAGAAGCUUACAAUGCGAUCUUCGAUGAAAACAUUCUUGACAACCUUGUGGCUGGUAUUCCGCCAUUGAUCAGAGGAAGGACAAAGAUAGUUGUGGAAGAGAUCCACAUUUCUCCUCCCUUUCUAAGUGAUAGAGACCAUAUUUCUGUAGAUAGGAGGUUGUUUCCUAGGGAAUGCCGUGAAAGAGGCCUGACAUACAAGGGAAAGAUGGUUGCAAGGGUUUCUUUGUUCUAUGAUAACAAGCAUGUGAUGACUGAGGAUAAGUUUGCAGGAUACUUUCCCAUUAUGGUCAGAUCGAAGCUCUGCCAUCUGAGAAAUGUUGAGAACAUGAACAAGGUUGGAGAGGAUGAAGGAGAAGUUGGAGGGUACUUUAUAGUUAAUGGAAUUGAUAAGUUCAUCAGGCUUGGGAUAAUCCAAAAGAGAAAUCACAUAUUUGCGUUCAAGCAACGGAAAAAGGAAAACUUUCUUACUGGCUAUGGAGUAUCCAUAAGAUGCGUUGGUAAGGAUGAGAUUGGGCACUUGAACAGCUUAUACUACUGUACUGAUGGGAACGUGAUUAUCAAGAUAUUCUACAGAAGGUCUACGUUUCUAUUCCCUUUGGUUCUUAUUUUAAGGGCGUUGAUUAAUACAACUGAUGAGGAGUUGUUUGAAGCAUUAGGAGGGGGUGAGAAGGCUAUUCAUCUUCUCAAGUGUUUUGCGGAAUACAAUGUCUUUUCAAGGGCAGAAUGCCUUGAUUACAUUGGGUCUCGGUUUUCAGCAGCCAUAAACGUUGGCACAAAGGUCGAGGCGGCAAAAGAGCUUUUAAGCAAGUAUGUGGCUUCCCAUCUCACAUCGAAUCUUGACAAGUUCAACUUUUUAGUACUUGCAGCCAAAAAACUGUUUUCUUUUGUGGACAAUGAAAUAGUAGAGGAUGAUUUUGAUUCACCUGGUAACCAUGAAUUAUUUACAGUAACGCAGGUUUUGUCCUCUUUUAUAAAGGAUAAGAUAGAAGAAUACAUGCGGCUGUUUCCCAUUAUAUAUAAAAAAACGUACUUUAAAGAUGGAAGUGGAAAAAGGAAGCUGGAGAAAGACUCCGAGGUUGAAGAUGACCUCUAUGAAGACAAACUAGACCUGUCUAAGAUCAAGGAGAUAUUUAAGAAGACUCCUAUUAAUAUUGGACAAAAGUUAGACUUGUUUUUGUAUGGAGGGAGUACGGUUCUAACCAGUUGUUCGGACAUCCUACAAAGAACAGGAUUUGUGAUUACUGCAGAGAGAAUCAACUUCUACAGGUAUCUCUGUAAUCUUCGUAGUAUCAAUAGAGGUAGCUAUAUUUCUUCAUUAGUAACAGAUAUCCGUAAGCUUAGGCCGGAGUCCUGGGGGUUUAUCUGCCCUGUGCACACUCCUGAUGGAGCUCCGUGUGGGAUUCUUCUACAUAUGGCCAAGGGAGCAGAAGUUGUUUCUAAAGCUGAAGACUUUGACAUAGACGUUCUCUUUGAAUUUGGAGUUGUUCCGGUUAUCAGAGGUGUUAGAAUGGAUGUUCCUGUACUUGUAGACGGAAAGGUAAUUGGGUCAACAUCGUCGCCACACACUUUUGUUCGUAUGUUAAGAGAAUACAAAGUCAAGAACAAUCUAAAGAUUGAGAUAGUAUAUAGCGAAGGGCCCAAGAUGUUUCCUUCUGUGUGUGUUUUCAAUUCUAUGGGGAGAUUUACCAGAAAGGUUAUGAACAGAAGGUUGAACUCGGAGGAGUGGAUUGGAAUAAUGGAACAAGUUUUCUUAAACAUAGAUGUCGAAAAAGGAAAAGGUGAAGGAGACUAUUAUGAAAUAGACAAGACUGAUAUAUUGGGAAUACUGGCAGGAUUAACACCAUAUUCUGAUCAUAACCAGAGUCCUAGAAAUAUGUAUCAAUGCCAGAUGGCAAAGCAGGCAAUAGGGCUUCCGGCAUACAACAUUAAGGCAAGAGUAGAUUCGAGUAUGUAUACAAUAAACUAUCUACAAUCCCCAAUAGUCAGGACAAAAGGAUAUGACCUUGUUAAAGACUAUCCUGUGGGGGUUAAUUGCAUGGUAGCCGUUCUUUCCUACACGGCAUAUGAUAUGGAGGAUGCUUUGGUUAUCAGCAAGAAUAGUAUUGAUAGAGGGUUAUUUACAGGAUACGUUUACAAAACAGAAAAAGUAUCUUUGGAGAAAGGCCAUUAUUUUACAUACCUUCUAUCUGUCGGAAAGGGAAUAGAAAGGGGAUCGGUUUUAUAUAGAUACGUUGAUCAAAGCGGUAGAGAAUAUGAGAGUAAAUACUACGAGGCCGAAGGUGGGAUUAUAGAUUCUGUUAGAGUAUUUGAUAAUGAUAUAGGAGAAAGGUGUGCCACAUUUACUAUAAGGAUUGUUAGAAAUCCUUCCAUUGGAGAUAAAUUCAGCUCAAGACAUGGGCAGAAGGGUGUUUGCUCAAUGCAUUGGCCAACCGUUGACAUGCCAUUUACAGAAUCUGGAUAUGUUCCUGACAUCAUUAUUAAUCCUCAUGCGUUUCCAAGCCGAAUGACGAUCGGCAUGCUGAUUGAAUCGAUUGCAGGAAAGGUCGGAUGCCUGAGUGGAAGCAUCCAAGAUGGAACUGCAUUUGAGAAGAGUUUUUUCUCAGGGGAGGACGAAAAUGGAAAAGAAAAGGAAUAUCUAUGUGAGGAGCUCCAAAGACAUGGCUUCAACUACUAUGGAAAUGAGCCGAUGUAUAGCGGGAUAUCGGGAAAUGAAUUUCGUGUUGAUGUGUUUGUAGGAGUUGUGUACUAUCAGAGGCUGAAACACAUGGUUGGAGACAAGUUCCAGGUGCGUACGACAGGGCCAGUCGUAUCUACUACCCAGCAACCAAUUGGAGGGAAAAAGAAACAAGGAGGAAUUCGCUUUGGAGAAAUGGAGCGUGACGCUCUAAUUUCCCAUGGAGCCUCACAUCUUCUACAAGAUAGACUUCUCAAAUGCAGUGAUGGAACGAUAUUUGAGUAUUGUGGAGUUUGUAAAAGUAUUCUUUUUACGAACAAUGGAGACUGUGUUUGCGGAAGUAAUGAUCUAAAGAUAGUCGAGAUGCCAUAUGUCUUCAAAUAUUUAUGCUACGAGUUGCUUGCAAUGAACAUAAAGGUCAAAAUCGAUCUGUGA